GUCAGGUGACCGUGAAGGCAAGAUGGCGUCAGUGGCCGAAAUGUUCGAUGUGAGCUGGGAGGGCUGCUGCUCCAAGGACUCUCAGGAGGUUGGGUAGGGGAGAGUGGAAUGCAUGGUUCAAAGGUGUGCGGCAGUGACAAGUGGGAAGUGGGCAAGGGCUGCAGUAGCUGAAGGAUGGCCUUCUGUUGGGAUGGAUGAUGAGGUUCUCUGAUUGGAGGAGCAGAGGUUACAGGCCUGCUCAUACAGUGGGACCUGUGCACCCAGACAUGCGCGACAAGCUGAGGAAAUGGCGAGAUGAAAACUACCGUAACAGUGAGCAGAUAGUGGAAGUUGGAGAAGAGCUAAUAAAUGACUAUGCAUCAAAACUUGGAGAUGACAUUUGGAUAAUUUAUGAACAAGUGAUGAUUGCUGCCCUCGACUGCAGUCGCGAUGACUUGGCAGCGCUGUGUCUGCAUGAACUCCACAAACAAUUUCCAGGCAGCCACCGGGUGAAGCGAUUGACUGGAAUGCAAUUCGAAUCCCUGGAAAGGUAUGAAGAUGCCAACAAGAUGUAUGAUGCAAUUUUGCAGGAAGAUGCAACAAACACAGCAGCACGGAAGCGUAAGAUUGCCAUUCUCAAAGCCCUCGGGAAAACCACUGAAGCCAUCAGGGAACUGAAUGAGUAUCUGGAACAGUUUGUUGGAGACCAAGAGGCUUGGCACGAGCUAGCAGAGCUUUAUAUCAAUGAGCAUGAUUAUGGAAAAGCAGCAUUUUGCUUAGAGGAACUCAUGAUGACUAACCCUCACAAUCACCUGUACUGUCAACACUAUGCAGAGGUGAAAUACACCCAGGGUGGACUGGAAAGCCUGGAAAUCUCUCGGAAGUAUUUUUCCCAGGCACUGAAACUAAACAACAGAAACAUGCGUGCUUUGUUUGGGCUUUACAUGUCUGCAAGUCAUAUUGCAUCAAGCUCUAAAGCUAAUGCUAAAAUGAAGAAGGACAAUAUGAGGUAUGCUACUUGGGCAGCUACACAGAUCAACAAAGCUUAUCAGCUUGCAGGUCGCAGCAGAAAGGAGACCAAAUACUCACUGAAGGUUGUGGAAGAUAUGCUGGAAGCAUUGCAGAUCACGCAGUCAUGAAACCAUUGCACUAGUCUGGAUCAACCACAAUCGAACCUGCCACUUCAGCACACACUUGGGAUCUCUAUCUCCAGCAUCCUUUCUCUCUCCUCUGUACCCCAACCCCACCUUCCCCUCAUCAUCAUCGGUGAUACCAGCUUGGCUGAGGAGCUUUAUUCUGUGAAUGUAAUUCAGAGUUUGACUGCCUGUGGGAUGGUACUUCACAUCAGGGACAAUUAACUGACAUUUAACUAAAUACUGGUGGUGGCUUGUAAAGUGUGAGUUAAUGUUAAAAGAAAUAUUUAUGAUUCUGUGGAAAAGCGCAUUCACAAAAUUAAGUGUUUCACCAGUCACUGGUGAACUACGAGCAACUUCUGACUCGGAUACCUCCCUCAUUGAGAGAAAUAACCAAACUUGGUGUUGCAAUUGAGAGGACGGUUAUUCCUGAGUCUGUGAAUAUAGCUAUGAGAACUUUGAAAACUGUUUUAUAUCUGUUGUACUAGAAUUUGCUCAGGCCAGUGAUAUAAAUCCAAGACAGCAAUCAUGGGCUCGAACACUGCCAAGACCUCCUGAUUUGACUGUGGAAAUGUUUCUCCUCAGUGCUGGAGUGUGUCAUUCCUCAGUGAUGCAUGUCUCCUCCUCCUCUUCCUCCUCCUCUUCCAACCACCAACCCCCCCCCCCCCCCCCAAUGCCCCACACAACCCCCAACCGGCAUUUCCCACAGUCCCACAGAUAUGAUAUAGUUAGUGUGGGUGCCUGAACUGGAGUGACACCUGCCCAGAUCUCCAAAUGCAGGGGUGUAGCGAGAGCAUGGUGACAUGUACCUCACUGCAGUAAGCCAGAGUACCUCUGUAACCCUGGGACUGAGGCCAGUGUAAAUCACCCACAGCAGCCUCGUGAAUGCCCUGUUGUGCAGUUAUAGAUUGCAGUGUUUCAUUUUCUGAUCACAGCUUGAAAAUAAGACCCUAUUUUAACUUUCACGCAGGCUCGAUUGUGAAUCCUAACACACUGCAGCAAAAGAUACAGGCCCACAUUACUGCUUGUAAAGUUUCUGGUUGUUGUAUUAUAAUAAGCUUUUGCUUACACUCCCUAUACUCACAAACUGCAGUGGGCAGUGAUUGUUGUUCUGAUCUGUUGCAGCAGUAACACUGUAAUAGAACACCUAGGGUCUGCAAAAGUGGAAUAUGGUACAUUUAGAGCACCUAGAUUGCUUGUGUUUAGUUUGAGCUGCAUAUCCACAAUUGGCAAAGCCUGCUGUUGCAUUGAAGCGGUUGGUGCAGUGGAGGAGAGUGGGGGUGGGGUUGGUGUUUGGGGGGUUGGUGGGUGGUGUGGCUGGGUGUGAAGGUCAUAACUGGUGCGAGGUGUAAUUUCUACCUGCCCAUAAUUUAGUCACCGUGUACUGUGGUAAAUUUUCAAUCAUCUGACCACAUUGCAGAAGUAAAUAUCCACAUGGGUCCUCUGGAGUUCUGAGGUGGUUCACUCUUCACUGGGAUGAAUAGAAGUGUGUUGAAAUAAUGUUUAAUUCCCCUGUUUCCUCCAGAGAAGUCACCAAGGUUUGAAGAAGUCUUUUGUGCAGUCCUUGCUAUAGGCAAACAACAUUAAAGGAAUAGCUGAAUCGUAUGUUAGAGAUGUGAAGACUGUAUUUCACCAGGCUUCAGUCCAGUUUUGAAGAGUUGAGACUAUUUGCCUCCUUUGCUGAAGUGACUGUGUCAGGGUGACAUAGAGAAUUGAGUUAAACACUGGCCAGCGAUUAAGCUGUCCAGCAGCGCCAUCUACUGCAUGUUGGUUUAAUAAACUGCCAAUGUUUCCAUC